GCCUGGCCCACAGUCAUGGCCACGAUGGUGGCCCAGAAGCUCAGCCAUCUGCUGCCCGCUUUGCGGCAGGCCCACCGGGAGCCGCAGCCCUCCGGGCGGCCAGAGCCCGUGUUCACGGUGGCCCGAGCCGAGGUGCCGCCCCUCUUCUGGAAGCCGUACAUCUACGUGGGCUACCGGCCGCUGCACCAGACGUGGCGCUUCUACUUCCGCACGCUCUUCCAGCAGCACAACGAGGCGGUGAAUGUCUGGACCCACCUGCUGGCAGCGCUGGUGCUGCUGCUGCGGCUGGCCAUCUUUGCAGGGACCGUGGACUUCUGGGGAGACCCCCACGCCCUGCCCCUCUUCAUCAUUGUCCUUGCCUCCUUCACCUACCUCUCCCUCAGCGCCCUGGCUCACCUCCUGCAGGCCAAGUCCGAGUUCUGGCACUACAGCUUCUUCUUCCUGGACUACGUGGGCGUGGCCGUGUACCAGUUUGGCAGCGCCCUGGCACACUUCUACUACGCCAUCGAGCCUGCCUGGCACGCCCGGGUGCAGGCCGUCUUCCUGCCCACGGCUGCCUUUCUCGCCUGGCUGUCUUGCACCGGCUCCUGCUACAACAAGUAUAGCCAGAAGCCUGGCCUGCUGGGCCGCACCUGCCAGGAGGUGCCGUCGGCGCUGGCUUAUGCGCUGGACAUCAGCCCCGUGGCGCACCGCAUCCUGGUGUCCCCCGAGCCGACCGCCGAUGACCCCGCCCUUCUCUACCACAAGUGCCAGGUGGUCUUCUUCCUGCUGGCCGCCGCUUUCUUCUCAGCCUUCAUGCCCGAGCGCUGGUUUCCUGGCAGCUGCCACCUCUUCGGGCAGGGCCACCAGCUCUUCCACGUGUUCUUGGUGCUGUGCACGCUGGCUCAGCUGGAGGCUGUGGCCCUGGACUACGAGGCCCGGCGGCCCAUCUACGAGCCUCUGCACUCCCGCUGGCCCCACAACUUCUCCGGCCUCUUCCUGCUCACCGUGGGCAGCAGUGUGCUGACGGCAUUCAUCCUGAGCCGGCUGGUGCGGCGCAAACUCGACCAGAAGACCCAGUGAAGGGCUGGGGGCGGGGUGGGGUGGGGUGGCGGCUGGUAAGGGAGGGAGGUAGAGUGGGACCCCCAGGGUCCGGGCUUGGCUCCAGAGGGGAACAAGGCCUGGUAAAGUUGUUUGUGUCUGGCC